UAAUAAUAAUAAUAAUAACAACAUCACCACCAAUAAUAAUAAUAUUAAUAGAAAAAUAAAUACAUGUUUUCAUUUGGCAGACACUUAUCCAAAGGGAUUGCACUGCAUUGAAAGAUACACAUAUUUUGUCAAAGCCCCCCACACCUGCCUAGCUGUCCGGAUUCCCUGUGGUGAAGCUUCACUCCUAUUGGUCUGACUAUCCACGGACAACAAACAGAGUGUGUGUGGCCCCUCAUAAAUAUCCCUCAUUUCCACCAGCCCUGCAAACCAGCCAAGAGUAUAACCAACCACAGAUCGUUCAGGGUCCACAAUCAUGACCCUUUCCAAGGAUUACAAAGACGUCCUGCGAACCUCCAUCUCUUCAGAGAAUGAUGAGGUAGACAUCGUUGGAGGAGACCACAGUGACAGAGAGUAUUACAUGCCUUGCAAGGGCGCAGCAGAGGUGAGCUCAUCGGACAUGGACCAUUCAGAGAGCGAGUCAUCUGGAGAGAGCGAAAGCAGCUUUUGUGGCCCAAAGCAAAACUCGGCCGUCAAGCCCCCGUAUUCAUACAUCGCUCUGAUAACCAUGGCCAUCCUCCAAAGUCCGAUGAAGAAGUUGACUCUGAGCGGCAUCUGCGACUUCAUCAGCAACAAGUUUCCAUACUACAAGGAGAAAUUUCCCGCCUGGCAAAACUCCAUCAGGCACAACUUAUCACUGAACGACUGCUUCAUCAAAAUCCCGAGAGAGCCCGGCAACCCGGGUAAAGGAAACUACUGGUCAUUGGACCCUGCAUCCGAGGACAUGUUUGACAACGGCAGCUUUCUGCGCAGAAGAAAACGAUUCAAAAGAAACCAACCGGAGUUCACCAAAGAUGGCCUGGUGCUCUACCACCCAACGUUAAGUUAUCGACCAUAUGGACGACCUUACUGCGUUUCCGGGCCAGUGCCAGCCCAGGCUAAUCCUAUUGGAUAUUUGCCAAUGCCGGAUGGCAUAAUGGUGCCACCUCAAUAUUUUCAAUAUCAGACUCUCAACAUGAAAGUCCACGAAUCUCCAGAGAUGCCACAAAGGCCCGAACGCAAGACCGAAAAGUGUUCGUUUAGCAUUGACAGUAUAAUGGCCAAUUCAACCAAAAACUCUCCUCGUCAUCUCACAACUGACUACAGAUAUGUGUUUCCAAGACCUACAUCUUGUGUUGCCCCAAGUUUGUUGCCUGUGCCAAGGACUCCCGUGCUGAAAACUGUUUCUUUCACAGACGCAUUGAGAGUGGUGUAUCCACAUUGUUGAACUGCUAUGAUCGGUGUCUAAACAUAUUUUUUUAUUUUUAGUAUGUAAUUUGUAAAUUGCUCUUAUAGUUUUAAUGUAAAUAAAUAAAUGGUAAUAUAUUUGUCUGAUAAACUGUCUAAAAUGUUUUUAAAUUGAUGUAUUAAAAUGUAUGUUUAAAAUAAACCAUCUUCAAGUUUGAUUAAAGUCUACGUGUUCUCUUAAUCUUCAAUAUAAAUACGUUUCAAAAGUUUUCAAAGAAAUUGAACAUCGAAGACUGAAGGACG